AUGGUUGUUGUUACAACAACCACUCUGCAAGAAGCUGUUGCAUUAUUGGUUGCGACGUACAAUAGUUUUCAACUGAAACCUGAUCCACGUUCAAGAACAGUUCGUUUAUUGUACACUGUUCUGUUGAAUGAACGAAAAUAUAUCAGCAACAAUAUUCGUGCUAUAUUGAAUGAAUUAAAUUACGAAAGUACAAGGCAAGCAUUAAAAUUGACAACAUCAGUGGCAGAAUCAGCACCUUCAACAAAUACAAUUAUUUCGUCUAAUGUUCCAAGUUCAUAUACAACUGAUGAUUCACCAAAAAUAAUUGAAGAUACAAAGAAAUCAGAACUAGCGAUAUCAACGGUAUCCACAACGUACCCUUCAUCCACGGUUGUUUAUGACCCUCAUUCAAGUGAAUUAAUAUCGUCAACUCCAUUACCCAUUCUCUUAUCCAAUGAAGCAACAACAGACAAUAAAAAAAAGUGUACUUAUUCCUAUAUCCAAAACAACAAUUGA